AUGGACAUUAAAGGACACAAAGAAAAGAUUCUAUUUUACGUAACGAAGCUCGGAAAGUACGAUAUCAUUCUCGGAAAACCCUGGCUAACAGACCACAACCCAAACGUCAAUUGGAGUACGAAUAUAGUUACUUUCAACUCCAAUCAUUGCCGCCAAUACUGCAUGGAGAAGGGACAAUACCAACUAGCAGUCUCAGGAGCUCCCACUUUGCCAAUCCCAACAACGGCAACCAUACAUCCACGUCCAUCAAUCCCUCGAAGGAUCGGCGCACCCGCAUUCCACACGCUGGCCAACAAGCACGACGUCGACGUAUUCUCACUAUCUCUUUAUGAGAUCGAUAAAAGACUAGCCGAACUUGGUGUUAUCACAAACGUCUCCACGUUCGCAGAACCGAAGGCAGACCGAUUCGACGCCGCACUUACGGACGUGCAAAAGAUGAACCGAGAACUCCAGUCGCAUGAUAAAAUAAUACCUCCCAACCCCAGGGACCAACAAACCCAGGAACUCCAAGCUUCUCGGAAACUAGCAGCAGACAUGUACCUUUCAGGGGCAUCACUCGAGGAUAUUCACAAAGCACUCGAACCCAAGACUUUCAUCAACCCCGCAACAAAAGUACCUGAACACUACCAUGAAUUCCUCAAAGUAUUCGACCAGACAGAGGCAGAUAAACUUCCCCCGCACCGACACUGCGACCACGAAAUCGAACUUCAACCUGGCACAACCCCACCCCAUGGACCUCUGUACGGCAUGUCCGAAGACGAACUCGUCGUCCUCCGGAAAUUCCUUCAAGAAAACCUCGACAAGGGCUUUAUACGUGCCAGUACGUCACCAGCCGCCUCGCCAGUGCUAUUUGCGAAGAAACCCGGAGGCGGCCUCCGUUUUUGCGUCGACUACCGGGCACUCAAUGCCAUAACCAUCAAGAACCGAUAUCCACUGCCAUUAAUUCAGGAGACUCUUUCGCAACUAAGCCAAGCCAAAUAUUUCACCAAACUUGAUGUCGUCGCAGCAUUUAACCGAAUACGCAUCAAGGAGGGCCAAGAGUGGAUGACAGCGUUCAACACAAGAUAUGGACUCUUCGAGAGUCUGGUGAUGCCGUUCGGACUAUCAAACGCCCCAGCUACCUUCCAAGCCAGGAUCAACGAAGUAUUACGCCCAUUCCUGGACAGAUAUUGCACAGCCUAUAUCGACGACAUUCUCAUCUACUCAAACGACCUCGCCUCUCACAGACUCCACGUCAAAUCAGUGCUCCAGGCGCUUGAAGCCGCGGGCUUGCAACUCGACGUCAAGAAGUGUGAAUUCGAGACUACCGAAGUGAAAUAUCUGGGCAUGAUCAUCUCAACCACGGGAGUACGAAUGGACCCAGCGAAAGUCGACUGUCUCGUCAACUGGGAAGCGCCCAUCAAUGUAAAAGACGUCCAAGCCUUCUUAGGAUUCUCGAAUUUCUACAGACGAUUCAUCAAAGGAUUCUCACGCAUCGUACGACCACUGGUUGCCCUGACACGGAAGUUAGUCAAAUGGAAUUGGACCUCAUCUUGCCAAGAGGCGUUCGACACGCUCAAAGAAAGCUUCACCUCGGCCCCGAUCCUCAAACACUUCGACCCCACAAAAGAAGUCAUUGUCGAAUGCGAUGCAUCCGAUUUCGUGUCUUCAGGCAUCCUCUCCCAGGAAGACGAUCGGGGGGUACUGCAUCCAGUGGCCUUCAUGUCUAAAAAAUACGACCCCGCUGAAUGUAACUACGAGAUCUACGACAAAGAACUUUUGGCAAUUGUACGCUGCUUCGAAUGCUGGAGACCGGAACUCCAAGGCGCGCACCACCCGAUCACAGUGAUCACCGACCAUGCCAAUCUUCGAUACUUCAUGACAACUAAGCAACUUUCAAGACGCCAAGUCAGGUGGAGUGAAUUCCUAUCAGAGUUUCAAUUUGCUAUUAAGUCGGUACCAGGGAAAGAUAACAGAAAACCCGACUCACUCACAAGGAGAUCACAAGACUUGCCAAAAGAUGAAAAUGACGACCGCAUCCAAUACCAACAACAAUCACUGCUAAAACCGCACAACAUUGACUCCUCCGUACAAGAAGAACUGAAGAUUGACCCUGAGCUCUCAGAACUCUUCGCAAACUUGUCCUGGGACCAGGAAAUUGCACUAUGCCCGGCCAUUCUAGACGAAGUUGAACCAGAACCAAUCAACCACAAAAUCACAAGGCUGCUAGACAAAGGUUAUGAAGAGGAUGAAUGGUGGAUGAAAAUUAGGGACGAGAUGCUCAAACCCCACGGCAUCCCCCACUCAAAGGAAGUCUCCCUAUCUGAAUGCACGAUAAAUGAAGGCCGACUGUACUUCCGAGAGAGAUUGUACGUCCCAGAAGGCGAACUACGAACCCUUCUCACCCAACUCGCUCACGACAGCGUUGAGUCAGGCCACCCCGGGAAGAACAAGCUAUACGAACUCAUCUCACGCUCCUACUGGUGGCCGAGGCUCAGCACUGAUACAAAAGAAUUCACACGCAAUUGCCACGGCUGCCUGAGAAACAAGUCCUCCCAACUGCGUUACCAGGGAACACUGAAGCCUCUCCCAAUCCCACUGCAAAGAUGGAGAGACCUGUCUGUCGACUUCAUCGGCCCGUUUCAACCAACUUCCCGCGGAUUUAACGCGAUCAUGGUCGUAGUCGAUAGGCUGUCAAAGGACAGACAUUUCACGCCCUGCAGGACCGACAUGAAAGCACACGACUUAGCCAUGCUCUUCGUGCGAGAUGUAUGGAAACUCCACGGUCUACCAGAUUCAAUUGUGUCCGAUCGAGGACCACUGUUCAUUUCGGAGUUCUGGAAGGCAGUCUGCCACCGAUUACAGACCAACAUCAGCCUUUCUACAGCAUACCACCCGGAAACCGACGGCCAAACCGAGAACGCUAACUCAUUCCUCGAACAAUACCUUCGCCAAUAUGUCAGCUUCGCCCAAGACGACUGGGAUGAGUGGCUCCCACUGGCUGAAUUCGCAGCCCGUAAUGUCGUCAACGACUCAACUGGCAUGUCCCCCUUUUUCGCGAACACGGGCUACCACCCUCGAAUGAGCUUCGGCCCUCCUCGAGCGAUGUCGAAAGCAGUAUCCAAGGACCUGGCAGAACGCAGCAACGAGGGCAAUAACUUCGUCGCGAAGAUGGAGGAGAUCACCGAUCUACUCCGGACGAACCUGCGUUCAGCCCAAGCCUCACAAGAAAAAUUCGCCAAUGCAAACAGAUCACCGGCGCCAGCCUAUCGAGUCGGAGAUCUGGUCCUGCUAAGCACGCGUAACAUCAAUUCAGCCAGACCCAUCCCAAAACUCGAUCACAAGUUCAUUGGCCCUUUUCGAAUAGAGCGCGUGCUCAGCUCUCACACCUACCAGCUCAAAUUGCCACACGAAUUAAGCUCAAUUCACAACUCAUUCCAUACCAACCUCCUGCGACCAUUACCAAACGACCCACUCCCCGGCCAGUACAACCCGCCGCCGCCGCCAAUAGCACUGGACGAAAGAGGGGAGAAGCUCUGGGCGAUUGAAGAAAUACUGGACUCGAGACGCAAAAAAGGGAAAGGUUUUCAGUACUAUAUACUAUGGAGAGGCUUUGGUCAUAGGGAAGCCACAUGGGAACCAUUGCACAAUGUCGUCAACGCACACAUCGCAAUAAAAGAGUUUGAGAAACGCCACAGAAGCAAACCCAGACCCACGAGGCAAGAGGUGCGAAAUGCCCGACACCAAGCGAAGCAAGAUGUCAAAAAUUCAGAAACGAGGGAGUAA